CUUCUGCUGCUGUAGCCCAUCUGCCUCAAAGUUCGACGUACUGUGCGUUCAGAGAUGCUCUUCUGCCUACCUUGGUUGUAACGGGUGGUUAUUUGAGUCACUGUUGCCUUUCUAUCAGCUCGAACCAGUCUGGCCAUUCUCCUCUGACCUCUGGCAUCAACAAGGCAUUUCCGCCCACAGAACUGCCGCUCACUGGAUAUUUUUUCUUUUUCGGACCAUUCUCUGUAAACCCUAGAGAUGGUUGUGCGUGAAAAUCCCAGUAGAUCAGCAGUUUCUGAAAUACUCAGACCAGCCCUUCUGGCACCAACAACCAUGCCACGUUCAAAGUCACUCAAAUCACCUUUCUUCCCCAUACUGAUGCUCGGUUUGAACUGCAGGAGAUUGUCUUGACCAUGUCUACAUGCCUAAAUGCACUAAGUUGCCGCCAUGUGAUUGGCUGAUUAGAAAUUAAGUGUUAACGAGCAGUUGGACAGGUGUACCUAAUAAAGUGGCCGGUGAGUGUAAAUCAGAUCUGUAUCUGAUGUGACUGCAGCGUGACGCUCAGGUCGUGUUCAUCCGACCUUUAUGUCAUCAAUAUGAGACAAACGUCACCAUUGAUCGACACAAACAGGAGCGGGGAGAUGUUUGUGUUCAUGAGGGUCACUUUACGGACGCGUUCGUUGUUGUAACAUGAACGACCGCACAGAAAGAUCGGAUUAAACGAAAAAUCUGAAUCGUGCAUCAUCAGUGUGAACGUAGCUUUGGUUCCUUUCUGUCGACAUCAGAAACUCUAAAGACUGAGAAGUUUAAAUGGAUAAGAAUGAGGAGGGGGCGGGGCUUAUAAAGGUUAAAGAACUUCGACCUUUCUCCUCCUCCUGCUCUAAAAACAGAGGUUCUUCUCUAAAAUUGUUCUUUUGUUUAUUUGAUCGAAUGAACUGUCUGGAUUUCUGCUGCUCUUCACUCAGGUCCCAUCUGGACCAGAAGGCGUCCUCCUCACCUCCUGACAGCUGGAGGUCAGAUGUUCUCCAAAGGGCUGGAUGGGGUUCUCUCUGUAGAACUGGAUCAGCUCAGUCAGGCUGCUGUAGGUCCGACAGUCUCCUGAAACCCCGAACUGACCCUCCGGAUCCUGAGUGAUGACGAAGUGACGGCACCGGUCCUGACCUCUGAAGAGGAGGAGGAGGAGGAAGAUCAUCCUCAGGUCACAUGGUCACAGUCAGAGCAGUAAGAAGAGUCCUGAUUGGCUCACCUGUAUGACAGGAUGUAUCCGAUGGUUUUAUCACUGAGGCGGACCAGGAAGCAGCCCAGAUCUUUGUCUCGGAGCAGAUCCUCCGCGUCCCUGAAACAGAACCACACAGAACCACAAAGAGACCGUUUAGACCUCAGAACCACACCGCCGCCCUGACGUGACGCCUCGUCUCUUCAUUCACUCGUUCACCUGACAGUAACCGCCACCGUCAACUCAGAGGUCUGCUUUUCUUAAAACGCCGUAACGUUAACGGGUUUUUAGAGCGACACCCCUGAUCCCGAUCCAGUCCAGGUCUCAUCACAAACUCCUGACUUGUUCUGACCCGGGGAUGAUGACAACGACGAAGGCCCAUCCUUCACGGUCCAAACUAUCCUGAGGUACCGAAGAACCUUACAGAACCGGAGGUUCUCAAACUAACCAGUCAAAAAACAGCUGUUUGGUUCUGAUCCGGUGGGUUUGGAGAUGUUUUCAGGAUUUUUAGGACAAAUCUUUUUUAUUCGUAAAACUCCGAAAACAUUGACGAAUUUUAAAACGACAGCAGCACCGACUGACUCCAGGGUCAAGGUUCAGAAGACUGAGACAGAACCACCUUUAGCGGGUCGGCUGUCCCUGUUCAUUUGGCCCGAUUAGUCUACUCAAGACACCAAGACCGGGUCCUUCUGAGGCCGGGUCCUUCUGAGGCCGGGUCCUUCAAAGACCGGGUCCUUCUGAGGCCGGGUCCUUCAAAGACCGGGUCCUUCAAAGACCGGGUCCUUCUGAGGCCGGGUCCUUCAAAGACCAGGUCCUUCUGAGGCCGGGUCCUUCUGAGACCGGGUCCUUCUGAGGCCGGGUCCUUCAAAGACCGGGUCCUUCAAAGACCGGGUCCUUCUGAGGCCCGGUCUGGGUCCAUUAAAGUCUGGUCCUUUGAAGGCCCGGUCCUGAUCCAGCCCUCUUGUGUUUUGAAUGUUUCCUUGAUUUUAUUUCAGACUUUUUUUUGGACCCACAGACUCUUGGAGACCACAGCAGAACUUGGACCCGGUUCUGGUGUCUCUGUGGCGUUAAAGAUGUAACAGCUGUCUGAGUUUUAAAAACAUGAUUUUCCUCUAAGAUAGAAAAGAGUCACUCUGUAGGCCCAAUCGGAGCCUGUCAGUGACCAGAACCAGAACUUUAGCAGCCAAACUUCAUUCAGGUUUUACAUUACAGACAGUUUCACAGCCACAGGCUCAACUGGACCGGUCCAGAUUUUUGGACCAGGUUUAAAUCACAGGAACCCCCUUAAAGUGGAGAUACCGGUUCUGCUCUCUCAGACAGAACCAAAUCCACCAAAGAUUAAACCCAGGAGACCAAAGCUGGUCCAGAUCCUCCUACCUUCGCUCUUUCAGACCCUGAAGAAGAACUCUGUCUUACUUUCUCGUAGCGAAUCCUCGAAACCAGUCCGGGAAGUUCCCGUUGUUGAGAAAAAGUGGUGCCUGAGUCUCUGUGAACCACCUGAGGACCAGCUCCUUCAGGCCCCCCUCUGAAGUCUCCAUGUGCAGGUCCACACCUGAGGUCCUCUCCAUCCUCUCAGCUGUGUGUCUCUUAGCUCAGGUGAACAGGUGAGGUACCUGUGUAAAGGAAGGAGAGGAGCCUCAUUUGACUGUUUGAUGGUGGCGUCUCUCUGCUCUGAGAGCCGUCAUUGUUCCUGCGUGUCCGCCUCCCUGCAGAUCCACGGCUUCAUUUGACUAUCAGAGUUCCUGAUUCAGCUUUAAAGGGAUAUUCUGCUGUAAAAUUAGUUAAGGGUCAAACCCACCAUAACACCGAGUCAGACCCCGCCCCCUCCAGAGAUGAAUGUUGUCGACCACUUCCUUCUCUAGUUAUACCAACUUUAGUAACGACCCCAGGAUAGAAAUACAGAGAGGUCUGAGGAACCAUAAACAAACCUCAACCAAAACCAAAUCAUUACUUUAUCAUUUCCAUGAAGUAAUAAUCUCCAUAUUAAUCAUUUUACAGACGCUGUAGUUCUUCUGUCUUAGCGUCUCGGUCUGAUUGUAUUUCCAUGAAGAAAUGAUCAUAAAUGUUCUUCCUUGAGCUGCGUCACCCCGCUGUAGUCUGUAAUGGACUGGCCUGAGGUCUCUCUACAAACAAGCGUCUGCUGGAAGAGAGUAGGUGAGUUGUGUUUAGUCUCUUUGCUAAAGAAAUGAGUCAAAGUUAAAAAGAUGUUUGGUGUCUAGUACUAUGUCUGUGACCCUGUAUGUCCUGUUGAUGAAGUUAGGUGCUGUUCUGAGCAUUAUUUGUGGCUGUAGAGUGGCGUUUUGGUUGAGGUUUGUCCCUUUAAUGAACCACCAGGCCGUGAACACUGCUGUGUGUCUGCAGAGGUGUGUCUUUGUCAAAUGGGGACAUGAUUCCAGUUUCAUGUGUUUGUCUUUUAUUUUUCACUCACUUCUUCAUCAACAACAAACUUGUUUUCAGGCUUUACAGCGUGACAGAGCGCGUGAGACAACAGGUGUAACGGUUUCACGCACGAGCUGAACAGAUGGUUGCGUAAAUGGGCGGGGCUAGCGCCCAGCAGCCGCCCGGGUGUUUCCGUCCCCAAACCUCAUUCAUAUAAUCAGGAAUUCAGUGUUUACCUGUGAAAGUGCGCAGGUACGCUCGAGAUUUAAAACUGUAAGUAUGUUUGUUUAGCAUCAACAUGAUUUAUUCUUCGAAUCGGCCGAGAAAAAAUACGAUUUAAAUCUGUUGUCUGUUUUAUUUGGACAACAUUCACUUCUGUAUUUUACCGUCAAAGCAGCGAAUAAAAAAGGAAAGAAGUGGGUAAAAAUGAAGCUCCUCAUUCGGACAUUUUAAUUGUAGAUCCGGUUUUAAAAAGUGUGAGACUGCGAGCGUCGCUGGUUUAAUUCGCCUUUUUUUGAACGGGGUUUGGUGGGGUGUCCCUCUGAGUACAGGGACAGUCUCUGAGACUGAAGACACGCAGAGGACUGAAGGACAUUGAGCUGCGGGACAUGGUGUCAACUAUCAACAUGUGAAGUUUCAGUGAAGUAAGAACUGUUAUUUUUCAGUUACUGGUGUUCUUAUGCAGUUUUAGAGUCGUGUUUAUGUGACAUUUACAACAGUUUCAUUCAGUCGAGCCAACCGGAGCGACCGUGUCAACUGUCCGGGAAACUGCAGUCUGUGUCUGUGAUGAACUCCCAACAGCUCUGUUUGAUUCUGUGCAUGUAGUGCAGGAAACCUUUAGAAAUGUUCUGAGUGUCUUUGUUUCUGCAGAGAGAUGAAAAUAAAGCAGAAGUUUCCUCUGAACUAAGAUGUGGAGGAGUGCAGACAUGGAUCCUUUCAAACAGCAGAGAGUGGAGGAUUUCUAUGAGAUUGGUGAAGAGCUGGGCAGGUACACACACACACACACACACGUACACACACACACACACACACACACACACACACACACACACACACACACACACAUCUUUAAGCAGCUGAAGGUUCAUUUAUUCAAACUGAAGUCGUGUGAUCAGUGACAGUUAAAGAAAUCAAUAGUUGCAUGAAUCGGGGCUUAAACAGAUGGAUAUGUGUGAUUUCUCCUCUGUGGUUGUUUUGUUGUGGUUCAGGACAGCAGGAGUUUGAGGUGAAGACCAACGUUGGUCAGUGAGGAGUUUCAGGGACUGAAACUGCUCAAGCAUGUCGAAGCUGUAAUAUUCAAAUCCCUCCAAAUCAUUAACCCGCCGAGUCUGUGUUCACUCGAACAGAAGACAAACUUCCUCUGUGGACCGGGCCUUUCCAGAACCAUCAGAUUACUGAACAGAAAUAUUCCCAAAACACCAAAAGGAGGAGAAUUGAAAUGAAUCAUGGGCGUGUUUUGGGGCCGUGUUGGGGUGCUGCAUGUUGUCAGGUGGAGACAACUGUUAAAACGACGCUGUGUCUAUCUUUAGCUGCAGCUAAAUCUGCUCUGCGAGCGUCUGCAGACCAGGAAGUGAGUGUCAGCUGACUGAGGAACAGGAGCAGCUGCAGAGUCAGAUCAACUCUGAAAUAGUUCAUCAUCACAUCAAACCCGACAAUGAGGGCCGCUGUUCGCUGGUGUGAGGAGGACGAGUAUCUGAGGCCCCUGAAGUAGAGCCUCUCAGAGUCCUGCAGAAGUGAGGAGAAGAGGACCAGCCAAUCACGGAGCUGCUUUAAGGUCGAGGGUUCGAAACCCAAAGUCUGUAUGGAAGCUGAUCAGGAGGAGAAAUCAGAAACACUUUAAUAAUCCUAAAGAGGAGAAAAAUAAGAGAGGAAAUAAGUGAAAAUAAAGAGAUAAGAUACACGUCUGUUCACUGAAAUAAACAUGUAAACACCUGAUAAAAAAAACACAAACAUCAAAAACCAAAGAUGUUUGUGUGGUCGGAUAUUUCACUUUCAUGGUCAUGACGGUGGAUGUCAUCAGCUCCGCCCCUUUCAGGAGAACGAGAUGACUCGUGAUUUAGCCGACUCAGAGACCCUGACCCAGUUUAGGUCUCCACUCAGACCUUCUCCUCUGACAGCAGACAGACGUUGGUGUUUUGUAGACCCACACAUGGUUCAGUGAGGUUCUGUUCCUGGUUCUGAUCGGAAUCGUGUGAAAUCAAAGGUCCUCCUGCUGUGAGAGUGAGCCGUCUUUCAGAAGAACGUUAUGAUACAUGAACUUCUGAUCAAACACCUUCUGAACCCUGGAGACCAUCUGAAAAUGAAACCCAAAGUAGAACCUCUGUUCUCCAGUUGUUCUGGACCUGGUCCUCCAAAGCCUGGUUGUAGAUGGUUCUGGUUGUAGAUGGUUCUGGUCUCAGAGUCGUCCCUGAAGUUCUGCAGAAGUUCUCUCUCUCUCCCAGAGUCUCCUAACCUUCUCUGAUCCUUUUUUUCCAGCGGGCAGUUCGCCAUCGUCAAACAAUGCCGGGAGAAAAGCACGGGUCGGGAAUUCGCCGCCAAGUUUAUCAAGAAGCGUCAAAGCAUGGCGAGCUCCAGAGGGGUUAGGCGGGAGGAGAUCGAGCGGGAGGUGGACAUCCUGCAGCAGAUCCAGCACGCCAACAUCGUCACGCUGCACGACGUCUACGAGAACCGCACCGACGUGGUGCUGAUCCUGGAGCUGUGAGUCUCAGAGAGAUCAAACAUGUUAGCGUGAAAUCGGACCGAGAUCAAUCCUGUCAGGAGGAACCAGAACAAAGACGAGGAGAGGUCCGAGGGUCAGCUGACCUCUGAGAGUAACGGCGCUCUGAUGUUUGUCCCCGUUUCAGGGUCUCUGGGGGCGAGCUCUUUGACUUCCUGGCACAGAAAGAGUCUCUGAGCGAAGAAGAAGCGACGCAGUUCAUCAAACAGAUCCUGGAGGGAGUCAACUACCUUCACGCCAGGAAGAUCGCCCACUUCGACCUCAAGGUGAGACCAGACCCCGCCCACACACACACACACACACACACACACACACACACACACGUGACGAACCAUGACUAUCUUACCCAGAAUGCACUUGACAAUAUCGACCGUUUACUUGUAAAUUUGCCCGUGUUAACGUGAACUGUGAGAGUGAAAAUGAAGCCCGUCAAUCAAUCAAUCAAUCAAUCAAUCGAUCGAUUCACUGUUCAAUAUCGUCGACCACCUUCAGUUUAGUUUAGUGAGGACUGAAGAUCAGAGAAACUCUCAGAUCCACCUGAGCUGGGGGAGGGGCUCCGCCCCUUUGGAAGCUCCGCCCCUGACCAGGCAUGAGGUCUGCUUGGUUCAGAGCUGAUGUCCUGACCCGGUUCUGUUCAGACUGACUUACCUCCACCACACUCCCCCACUUACAGGGGGGACACCAGUCCUGAUGGGUGAGACAGAACCAGGACAGGAGGUCUGAGUGGGCCCACCUCAGCAGGUCUGGACUCUGUUGAGAGUUCAGGGGAACCAGAAUCCUGAGAACCUCAGCAGGUCUUUGUCCAGCAGGGGGGGCUAAAAGCUCAUCACAGAGAACCUCCGGUCCAGUCCAGCUGGAGGAUUUAGAACUUCAUUUAUUUGGUUCUGGGUUAGUCUGGUUCUGGUUCUGGUUUUGGGUUAGUCUGGUUCUGGGUUAGUCUGGUUCUGGUUCUGGGUUAGUCUGGUUUUGGGUUAGUCUGGUUCUGGUUCUGGGUUAGUCUGGUCUGGUUCUGGGUUAGUCUGGUUUUGGGUUAGUCUGGUUCUGGUUCUGGGUUAGUACACUCUAAAUGAAAAAGGAGGUUUUGUGCUGCAGUGGUCCGAACAGGAGUGAGAAAGUCCAGAACUAAAGAAUCUGAGUCCGAUGAUGAGAGGAGAUCAGAACCAACACAUGGACCCGGUCCAUUCUUCAGAAUCAGAGAAUAACAUAAUAAAGUCAUAAUGUCAUGGUGACGUGUUGACGUGUUGACCUGUUUACCUGUGGACGUGUUCACACGUUGACGUGUUCACACGUUGACGUGUUGACGUGUUGGCGUGUUGGCGUGUUGACGUGUGGACGUGUGGUCGUGUGGUCGUCUCACCUGCAGCCUGAAAACAUCAUGCUGUUGGACAAGAACGUCCCGCUGCCCAGAAUCAAACUCAUCGAUUUCGGCCUCGCCCACAAGAUCGAGGCUGGCGUGGAGUUCAAGAACAUCUUUGGGACGCCGGAGUUUGUCGGUAACGUGACUCCGCCUUCGAUAAUUGUGAAGUUUUAGAGGAAGUAGAAAGCCCUGACCUCUGACCCCUGUGGUCUGUUUGUGUUUCAGCUCCAGAGAUCGUGAACUACGAGCCUCUGGGCCUGGAGGCCGACAUGUGGAGUAUCGGGGUCAUCACGUACAUCCUGUCAGUGAACGGCGUCCCUCUCAGAUGGUCGGUCUUGGUCCACAGGUGACCUUCAAACCUGACUCUUCUGUGUCUCUGCAGGCUGAGCGGAGCUUCACCUUUCCUGGGGGAGACCAAGCAGGACACUCUGGGAAACAUCUCCGCCAUCAACUACGAGUUUGAUGAAGAGUUCUUCUGUCACACCAGCGAGCUGGCGAAGAAGUUCAUCAGCCAGCUGCUGGAGAAGGACAAGAAGUAGGAGGACAGGAGGCUGAUGUUUGUGCUGAGAAGGUUCUCCUCGUUUUCAGUUAGUGACGGUCUUUAUUUCUCACACAGGAGACGACUGACCAUCCAGGACGCUUUGAACCACCCCUGGAUCAAGGUAGAGAUGUCCUCCUGUCCCACCAUCACCACACUGAGGGACAGGUCCUUCAUGAUGAUGUCUGCAGACCAUCAAACCUUCAGGACUUCCAUCAUAUUUACUUUGACCGUGUGGAGAAGAGCGGUGAAAGCAUCAGACCGGCUUCAGAGGGACAGAUGGGUCAGGGUUCGAGGUUCAAAGACCGUCUUCUUCUUCUUCUUCUUUUAAAAUUUAGAGUUUUUUAUUUUUCAACAAACGAACAUCAAACAGAAACGGACAUGAUGGAGAUCAAAGAAAGUAAAAAUGAUCAAACAGAUCAUUAAAAAUAAGACAGGUAAGAGAGGUAACACAUCUGUCACUCUUAACCAAGACCAUCGUCUCCUUCUUCUUCUGCAGCUCUGUGAGGUCCAUCACCACAAACCUUCAAGGAUCUUCUGCCCCCUGGAGGUUUUUAGUGUGAACUUCAGUCAGACAGUCUAAACUUUAGCUGCUUCCUGUCUUCUUCUUCUUCUCUGUGUUUCCUCGCUGUUGUCCCAGGAUGACUAAAAUAAAUCAAGUUAAAAAGAUGAAUUUAAAUAUUUAAAGUGAUAAUUAUUAAAUCUAGGAUCAUUAACUCUAAAAAAGAAGAAGAUGAAGAUGAAGAUGAGGAGGUUUCUCUGAUUUAACCCUUUCAGUUCCUCGGUGGACGAAGUCUAACAGGUUUUAAACUGAGACCCUGAUCCGGUCUGGUCACUGAACCCUCAAAGACCAGGUCCAGGUCUGAUCCGGUCUGAUGCUGCCUCUCUCGCUCGGCCUGUGUGUGUGUGACUCCUCUCUCUCUCUCUCUCUCUCUCUCUCUCUCUCUCUCUCUCUCUCUCUCUCUCUCUCUCUCUCUCUCUCUCUCUCUCCCUCUCUCUCUCUCUCUCUCUCUCUCUCUCUCUCUCUCUCUCUCUCUCUCUCUCUCUCUCUCUCUCUCUCUCUAACUCCUCCCCCUUCUUACCUUCUAGUCCAAUGAGCACAAAGAGGAGAAUAAAACCCUGGAGCCGAAGAAACGGGAGCGCCGUCAGCUGAAGACCAAGCGUCUGAGGGAGUACACCAUCAAGUCUCACUCCAGCAUGCCGCCAAACAACACGUACGUGAACUUUGAGCGCUUCGCCCAGGUGGUGGAGGACAUCGACCAGAUGGAGAGCUCCUUCGUCAGCCUGGCCGCCGCCCACGACUCACUGCAGGAGGACAUCGACGCCAUGGUGUCCAUCUACAACGAGAAGGAGGCGUGGUACAAGGAGGAGAGCGAGGGGGUGCGUCACGAGCUCUCUCAGAUCCGCUACGAGUUCAGGAAGGUGGAGGCCUUCAAGAGGAACCUGCAGGACGACAUGCAGGCCUUCAGCUCCUCCCUCGGCGCCAUCAGCAGCCGGUACCAGGAGAGACAGAACCACUUUGACGCUCUGCGCCUGGAGCUCAGCAAUGAGCUGAAGUGGGUGCAGGAGGUGAUGGGGUCUUUCCCCCUGGACGGAGGAGGAGAAGGUGGAGGAGGAGGAGGAGGAGGAGGUGGAGGAGGAGGAGGAGGGUACACCAACUGUAACUUCUCCACCGUCUUCAACAACGACGUGAACGAAGCUCUUAAGGAGCUGCUGAACCGCUCCUGUGGAGGAGAACUGCUGUCGGGGAUCAACCUGGACUUUGACGGUGGACAGCAGAGGUAGAUGGUCCAGCAGAAGAACCAGGACUGGUUCAUAGAGGACUGAGGAAGUCCAUGAGAGGUCUCUGAGGCUGCAGAAACAUGUUCCUCAGAUGUUCUCAGAUGUUCUCAGAUGUUCUCCGAUGUUCCUCAGAUGUUCUCAGAUGUUCCUCAGAUGUUCUCAGAGUUCUCAGAUGUUCUCAGAUGUUCUCAGAUGUUCUCAGAUGUUCUCAGAUGUUCUCAGAUGUUCUCAGAUGUUCCUCAGAUGUUCUCAGAUGUUCUCAGUUGUUCUCAGAUGUUCUCAGAUGUUCUCAGAGUUCUCAGAUGUUCUCAGAGUUCUCAGAUGUUCCUCAGAUGUUCCUCAGAUGUUCUCAGAGUUCUCAGAUGUUCCUCAGAUGUUCUCAGAUGUUCUCAGUUGUUUUCAGAGUUCUCAGAUGUUCUCAGAUGUUCCUCAGAUGUUCCUCAGAUGUUCUCAGAGUUCUCAGAUGUUCCUCAGAUGUUCUCAGAUGUUCUCAGAUGUUCUCAGAUGUUCUCAGUUGUUUUCAGAGUUCUCAGUUGUUCUCAGAUGUUCUCAGUUGUUCUCAGAUGUUCUCAGAUGUUCUCAGAUGUUCUCAGAUGUUCUCAGAGUUCUCAGUUGUUCUCAGAUGUUCUCAGUUGUUCUCAGAUGUUCUCAGAUGUUCUCAGAGUUCUCAGAUGUUCUCAGAUGUUCUCAGAGUUCUCAGAUGUUCUCAGAUGUUCUCAGAUGUUCCUCAGAGUCUCGUUCAGCAGGAACUCUGUCGCUCUGAUAUAAAGACUGAUGUGUUAAGUUUGUAUCUUUGAGUCGAUGAGAUGAUGGAGAGAAGAAAGGACCUCCAGUCUCCUGCUGCUCAAUGCUGACAGACUGACUCAGCCUGUAAACUCACUCUCUCAAGUUUCAUCCUCGUCCUUCCAGUCCAGGAGUCGUCUUUUUACAGUCUUUGUCGGGAACAGGAAGUUGUGUUUCCUCUGUGCUGCUGAGCGGCGGCGGCGGCGUCUGUCUGUUAACCAUCAUGAACCAUCGUAGAGGCGUGUCUCUCUGCUCAGAUGACCUUCAAUCUGUUUUAUUCCUGACAGGAACAAAAUUUAGAAAUAAACGUUUGAUUUUCUG